AUGGAGGGAAGUCUCGUUUGGCGGCAGCGAGCCGCUAGAGGAGAAGAUGCGGGUGUUACGCUGUGGAGUGUCGCGUGCAGCCCUGACGGCUCUCGCCUUGUGUUAGGGGUAGGGCUCUGCGUGCUUCUCGUUGACGCUGAGUCGGGAGACACGCUGCAGACACUUGCUGGCCACAAGGGUAAUGUGAACGUCAUCGCUUACGCUUCCAAUGGAAAACAAUUCGCUUCAGGAGGAGCCGACAGGAAAGUCAUACUGUGGUCUCCAACAGGAGAUAUCUUAAGGCAAUUCACGCAUUCGGGAAGUGUUCAGGCGCUUGCAUUCAACCCUCGAACGCUGAUUCUCGCCAGUGGCACGACAGAAGAACUCAGCUUGUGGAAUGCCGAUGGUUGUAGCGGAUUAGCUGAGGAGGAAGUUAAUUGUCAGGGGAGUAGGUCAGGCUUCAUUGGCUCUAAGUCGUGGGGGAUGAGUCAUUGCGCCAGUAGCAGCAACAGGAAUUCAGGCAAAGCUUCCAGUAGUCUCAGCAACGCGAUUGCUGUCAGUUUGGGGUUGGCCGGCGCCAAUAGUGACCUCAAAUCCAGCCAGGGUUCCUCUAACCUUCAGCAAGGCGACCGAAUCAAAGUAGGCCCCCGCACGUGCGUACUUUCGUGGGAUGACGAUGGUCAACAUCUUGCUGCAGGUCAGUAUAACGGAUUUCUUGUGGUAAGUGACAGCGAUGGUUCGAAGUUAUGGGAGCACCAGUUGGAUGCCCCCGUGUGGGCGUUAGCGUGGCGACCAAACACUUCUGGAAAGGCAGCAUGUCGGGGCAGAACUCUCGUGGCCUGCACUUUCGAGCCGAGAGUGUGGGUGCUCGAUGCUGAUGCGGAAACCGCAUUACGGUCCACACAACUUGUGUACGACCCCCUCCACGUCGAGUUUGAUCCUAAAGGCGAGUACUUUCUUUUGGUUGGCGUGGACGGCGGCCUUUCUUUGUGGAGUUAUAUGGGCAUAUGCCUGCAGCCUCUGCAAGUUUCAGCUGAGACGCCAGAGGUGACAGCAUGUUGCUUUCUUCCUUCUGGCCCGAGGAUUGCCUUCACCACGAGGCAGGGAGACCUGGGGAUAGCUCAGCUAAGGUUACCUGUAGUUCACGGUCUUUAUCGUGAAAUGUAUGCUCGGCGAACAGCCCUUUGCGAGGUUGCUGUUCGCAACCUACUCACCGACAUGACGACCACCAUUCAGUUUGACGAGCUUGUUUACAAGAUAGCAGUCUAUAAACUUUUGCUUGCUGUCCAGCUUAGGGAGUGUCUUAUAAUAGCAGAGGUCUUUUCGGAGGAUUCUGGCUCUUUGCAGUACCGUGAAGUCCGCCGCCUCACGGGAUCAUUUGAGUGUUCGCUGAUGCUUUUGACCGCAAGUGCCGUUGUACUGUGCAGAGGCAACACUCUCAAGCUUCACGAAUUUGAAGGGAAAGCACAGAGACAGUGGACGCUACGGGCUUCCGUUCGUUACAUUAGAGUGCUUGGAGGCCCACCUGGGGCAGAGGCGUUGUUGGUUGGUCUUAGAAAUGGAGAGGCACUCUACGUAUACGUACAUCAGGAGCUGCCAGUGCCUCUUUUGCAGCAUCGCAUUGGCAUCGUAUGCAUGGACGUCUCAGCCGAACGCAAUAGCCUUGCAAUCAUAGACGAGGAGAAGGAACUUAAUAUUUACAACCUGCCCAGAUCCUUGGCUCCUCAGCAACAGUUUUGUCAAGGCAUCGUAGUUGGGUUUCUGGAAUCGUACGCAUUUUGCCUGCAUUGUCGCGAAAUGCUGAGGCUAAAAGUUAAUCACACAGUGUCCAUAAAACGGCUGAAGGAAGACGGCAAGCUUGAAAAAGCUUAUUCGCUUGCAUGCCUAGGGGCAACUCGCGACGAGUGGAAGCAACUGGCGCUCGAAUGCUUGCAGAGAGGCGACCUCCACCUUUCGCGCAAAUCGUUUCAACAUCAAAAGAACUUCAGGGCUAUAUCUAUGUUGAACCAGAUGCAAUUAGAGCUAAACCUGUUGGACUUGAACCCAGAUAAGCACCGGCAUGUUUGCAAAGCCUAUGCUUACGCGUAUGUCGGGGACUUUACAGCCGCAGCAGAUGAGUGGGUCGCUGCCGGAAUGCCUCAACGGGCUUCUGAGAUGUUCGCUGACUUGCGGAGGCGAUUUCCAGAAUACGGGUUCGUAACAUCUGUCAAAUACAGCCGCAGUUGUUCGCAGGGAAAACAGGAGAAGCCAGACCUAGGACAGGAAUACACCGAAGCUGCAGCCCUUUAUGCCACUACGGGCCAACUGAACCGAGCCUGCCAACUCCUUGAAAAGAUCGGGGAGACCCACACCCUGGUCGAACUCAUGAGAAGCUGUAGAGCUCCCGGAGUAGCACCUUCAGGCCAGAACUAUGGACCAAAUAACGUGCAGUUGCACCAGCAACUGCUUGAAGGGGGGGACAAAACAUUCGAAGAUUGUGAAACUGCGGCAGCUCUACGCUGUGCUGCUCGUGCUUUUGAAAAACGUGGCCAGGUCACCUUUGCCAAGGAGGCCUUGCUGGUCCUUGGAGACAAAGAGGGACUAAUAAAUGUACUCAUGCGUGCUGGACGGUGGGAAGAAGCCCUUUCCAGAGCGGAACAAGCCCCCGAAAUCCUGCACCACGUGAAUGUAACGUGGGGUCACGAGCUCCUCCUACACGAUCAGCCCGAAUUAGCUAUUAGUGCCUUCCGGCGGGCGGGCAGGGAAGAUCUAUCUUUAAGGACGGAGAUGGCGCUACUCGAAAGCGCAAUCUCGCAGAAAUUGUAUGCCCAGGCUGCCGCGAGGAGCUGGGCCAUUGCGCGGGCCUUCGCUAAUUUGGCAACUUCAGCUGAGAGGGAAAGAAGCCACGCAACAGCUGCGAGUGCCUGCAACAAAGCAGUCAACGAUCACCAAUCACUGAGUAAAAAUGCCAUAAGGAAGGUACCGGUGUGUGUCUAUCGGUUUCUCGUUUGCUACUUUCGGCGACUCUCUGAGAUAUACGGCGUAUACUUCGUAUUGGUGCGCCAGGCAUCAUCUGUGCCGCCGAAGGCUGAGAUGCCACCCCAUGCAAUCCUCAGGGGAUGCACAUUCCUGUGGUCACAUGCACUGGCGCCUUUGGGGCAGGCGCUUCAUCUCAACCUUGCUACAGCAAUGGCAAACAGCGGACCUACUUUCCAAGGAAAUAAGGAACCACAGUUGCAUGUCAACCCAUCAGGAACCAGUUUGGGGGCUUUGCCGAAUUGGCGGCUGCCGCCAUGGUGGGAUGAUGCUCAGGUUGCGCUUGAAGCGGAUGAAGUGCAGACGCACCUGCGCUCUUGUGGAAUCCGCGUCAGUCGGCGAGUAAAGGGCAUUCGAUCACACCUCGUCUUGCGUCUGAUGAUAGAUGCGGCACUCCAACUGAGCGACUUUCAGACAGCUGUCGCAGCCUGCAAGGAACUGCGGCGACUUGCGCUGAAAGGCCCUGAACAUCGGGAGAGAGAAGAGCUGGAGUUGAAGGUGAAGGCAACCCAAGUGUCUCACGUGACCGACAACAAUAUUCCUGAUGCUUGUGGAGCCUUGAGGGGGGCUGCCUGUGGCUUAUGCGGGAAUAUUGUGCCUCUAUUGACAUCUGAAGCCGUGCCACUAGGUGCUGACUUGAGCUGCGGAAGUUGCGGAAACCCGAUUAUGCUGGAGUUCGGUACAUUCGCACCAAUUACAGCAAUUGAGUUCUCCAUGUGCGGCAUUCCAGGACCGGCAGAGAAAAGCUUUGGGGAUGUUUCGCCGCCACCGGCUAAAGAGACAGUUUCAGAAAAGCUUUUCCUGGCGGCCGCCAGGAAGGGCCUGCUGCAUAUACGUGCAGCAGCACCCUACACCAAGAAGUGUUCCUUUGGCCCUCUAGAAUUCAAACCUCCUGCGUUAAAUCCAGAUAUCUUGCUUCAGCAACCCCCCGAAAAAGUUUUGAGGCGCAUGAACAAUUACCUAGAGGGCACGUCUGGCUCCCGCACCAUAAGGCUGCUUCGACUGCCUCAAGCGGAGGCAGAACAAGAAAUAUUUGUUGCCUCCUCAGUGGCAACGGGUGCACUACAACUUCCUGCAACACUCAUGGCGUGCGGCUCAUGCUCUCACUUGUUUAUUCACCCACCAGCACACAAGGCGCUCUUGCGGGAAGGCGUGUGCACCUUAUGCUCCACCAAAGGCUCUUUUGCUCCGAUCAUCCGAUGCCAUGCACUUAAAUUUGGGCAGCAUUGA